UCUACGGAGAAAACUGUCCCCGGAGCUUGCCAUGGGAACCACCCUGGCUUCUAUGACCUCACAGGAGGUGUGGGUGACUGUCCUCUGUGGGGCCAGGGGCCAGUCGGGGGCCGGAGCCAGACCCUGAGGCAGAGGGCAAACGGCUCCUGCAGGAGGGAGCGGGAGAUUAGGCAGCUCCAUGUAGGUCCACGUUUAGGUUGGGAGGCCCCACCAUGAAGAAGGUCAAGAAGAAAAAGCCAGAGGCCCGACACCGCCGAGACUCGGCCUCCCAGCACUCCACCUCGCCGCAUGCUGUCUCUGAGUCCUCCUCGCAGCAGCCCAGCACCGAGUCCUCCUCGCGGCAGCCCAGCCCUGAGUCCUCCUCGCAGCAGCCCAGCCCUGAGUCCACUCAACAGCAGCCCAGCCCUGAGUCCGCUCCUCAGCAGCCCAGCCUCGAAAGCACCCCCCAGCAGGCUGCACCCCAAGCCCUUCCAGCUACCAAAAUCCACCACUCCUCUGGGGGCCUAUCUCCUGCCGCUGACAAAAAAGCAGCCCCUCCCUCCAAGAAAACAAGGAAAACAGGGUCUCAGGUGCAUGAGGGCCCGCAUUCCUGCUCCUGUGCCACGUGUCCCGGCAGCAACGCUUGCUGGCGUCGUCUGGGGCUAUGCCAUAGCCGCAUCUUCGAUGUCCUUCUGCCUCGGGACUGGCAGAUCGUGCCAGGGAGAGGACUCCCAAGCCUCCUCACCUUCUACAGAAAACCUACAAGAAAACUCUCCAGUUCUCGUAACUCGCGUCCUCCAAGCUCUCGGGGCUGUUGCUGUGGCUCUAGGGGCCCUGGGAGCUGCCUACUACAUCACUGAGACCUCGUGAGCAAUGCCCCAGGCCCCCGGUCCGGCAGGUCCGGUUUCCAUCAAAGGAUCUCACUUGUCACCAAAAUAAAAAAAAA